CCUAAGGUGGCUGGAGUAACCCUAGGGUAACCGAGAUGACUGACCUCGGGAUGGCGGGAAUUCCCCAAGGUGACUCAGGGUGGCCGGAGUGACCCCGGGGUGUCCGAGGUGAGCCGAGGUGAUUGACCUAGGGGUGGUCAAGGUGAUGAGAUGAUUGACCUCGGGGUGGCCGAGUUGACCCUAGGUGAUGAUGCCACGAUGGCUGGAGUGACUCCAAGGUGACCUAGAUUAAUUGGCGAGGGUUGUGGAGUAAGGACUAUCUAGGAACACUUUCAUCAAAUUAAAUUGUUUAAUUUGGGGUCCAUCAGUUUUCUUUACUAGCGGAUUUGGAAACUCGCUGCACAGCUACCUAUGACGAUCUUCAAUAUCUGCCUCAUGCUUUACUGCAUUAGUUUGAUGCGCAGGUGGUGACAUGAGAGUUUGCUUAGUACCAUGCUCCUCGAGCUUCACAUUCCGUUCCACGGCUGGUGUCCCUUUCCUGCCUCGUGAAUCAUCUCCUCCUCUCAUUCAUAGUUAUUCCAUUCUAAUUCGUUUUGAUAGAGCAACAAAAUCCACUGUGGGAGGGAGUGUUGGUUUCGUCAGCUAUAGUUAUGGCAAAGUUAUUCUUUGCACGUUGUGCCAUUUUUAUCCUCAUACAUAUGAUCCAUUACUCAAUGAGCUUCUUGCUCUUCGUGAUUCUCUUUGUUGGUGUCUAGUUCACUCCUUUACUAAAGUCUUAUUCUAUGGUGAUGAGCAGGUGAUUAUGCAGAUGAACAACGCACGAGAUUCAUCACACAUGGUUGCCCAUAUCGUGACAAAUUAAAUUUUUUAAUUUGGGGUCCAUCAGCUGGUGUCCCUUCCCUGCCUCGUGAAUCAUCUCCUCCUUUCAUUCCUAGUUAUUCCAUUCUAAUUCGUUUUGAUGGAGCAACCAAAUCCACUGUGGGAGGGAGUGUUGGUUUAGUCAGUUAUAGUUAUGGCAAAGCUCUUCUUUGCACGUUGUGCCAUUUUUACCCUCAUAUAUAUGAUCCAUUACUCAUUGAGCUUCUUGCUCUUCGUGAUUCUCUCUGUUGGUGUCUGGUUCCCUCCUUUACUAAAGUCUUAUUUUGUGGUGAUGAGCAGGUGAUUAUUCAGAUGAACAACGCAAGAGCUUCGUUGGUUGCCCAUAUCGUGACAAAAUAAGCCCUUAAAACGAUGGUUCAGACACUUAUCGACCAUAGUAUUUUGUGAAUUUCGGUUUUAUAGUAUGAGAGACAAAGACCUUGUAUAUUGACGUUUCUAUGCCCUUCUUAGAUAACUAUGCCAAAAAAAAAAAAAACUGGCGCCGAGGAAUGGGCCGGAAUUACAGUCCACACCAGGUUCAAAUUCAAUACUUUGGUCCGGUCCGGUCCGUCCGAUCGGUUGUUAAAAACCAAGAUGUUUACUACCCAAUCACCCAUUGACUUGGUCCAUCCCUUCCCCGAGUUCGGCAAUCGGCCGCCCCAUCUUCUCCAAGUCGUCCUCAUCUCAUUCCUUUCCCUCCCAUCGCCGCAAAAAAACCGCCUUCUUCAUUACCCGGCCGCGCACGUUCCACAAAUCCCGAAUCACAGUUCAUAAUCAGAUUGAAUGUUUGUCGGAUUCGUUGACAAAGAAAGCAGAAAACAUAGAAAGUGAUUCAGCCAUCGCAUCAGAGAUCGCCGCUUGUGAACUGAGUGAUUGGGAAAAGUUUGGUUUACUGGUAGUCCGCUGAAUCUGAACUCUUCGCUCCGAUCUCGUAUCAAGGAGUAAGCUUUAAGGCAAGUCCCCGGUGAUAGUUCUCUCUGUGCUUUUGAAUUGGUUUCAGUUGUAGCUUAGUUUCUUGCGCUUGAGUCUGAACUCAAAUUGGCUGGUUAUUGUUUUUUUUUUUUUUUUUUUGACGACUGCAUAUAUUUCCAGGCCUGCUGCCUUGCGUUGGUCGAAUCCAUUAAUGGCCUUCUAGUUGGGACCUUGAAGUUGAUGCUUGUCAGCGUGGCAAGGGCAGUUAAGUUAUUGGAUAGAGCACCCUUUGGAGAAUUCGGUUUACCAAUUCGAGGAUUUUGCAUACUGCAUAGUGUUGAUCUCUUCAAGCCCAUGAAAGAUAACGAGCUAGUAAGUUAUUUGGGUUUACGUGCUUAUACAAAAGCUAAUGUCGAGAACUCUAUGGCCAUGGAGGGAGAGCAGACAUCUUUGUCGCCAGUGGGUAUAGGGUCGACACCUGAAAUAGAAAAGAAGUAUGUGCAUCGAGUUUAUGAUGCUAUUGCGCCCCAUUUUAGUUCGACCCGGUUUGCCAAAUGGCCCAAAGUUGCAUCCUUCCUGAACUCCUUGCCCCUAGGAUCUCUAGUACUGGAUGCAGGAUGUGGGAAUGGCAAGUACUUGGGCUUGAAUCCUGAUUGCUUUUUCAUUGGAUGUGAUAUCAGUGAACCGCUUGUCAAGAUUUGUGCGGAUAGGGACAAUGAGGUCGUGGUUGCAGAUGCUGUGAAUCUGCCUUAUAGAACUGGGUUUGGUGAUGCAGCCAUAUCAAUUGCUGUGUUGCACCACUUGAGUACAGAGAUCAGGAGGAGAAAGGCAAUUGAAGAGUUGGUGAGAGUUGUUAAGACGGGUGGGUUUGUGUUGAUCACUGUUUGGGCUGCAGAGCAAGAAGAUAAGUCAUUGCUGACAAAGUGGACUCCCCUUAAUGAUAAGUAUGUGGAAGAGUGGAUAGGACCUGGUAGCCCUCGUGUCAGAAGCCCUUCAUCUUUUACUUUGCAAAGCAUCCCAGAAUCUAUGGAGGGGAUGAAUUCCAAGGAGCAUAUGCAAGAUGGGAGCCAAAUUUCUGGAGAGGAGACUGGUGGAAAUGCUGUUGAUGAUCAGAAGAGUCAACAUGAGUAUUUUGUGCCGUGGCAUUUACCAUAUCAUCGAGCUGAAGUGAGUGGUGCUUCUGCUUCUGCUAUUGCUAGUGGCUUGGCAAGGAAAGAUGACAAUAAGGGUGCUGUGGUCUACAAUCGCUACUAUCAUGUCUUUGGUGAAGGUGAACUUGAAAGGUUAGCAUCUGGUAUUAAGAAUGCAAUGGUAGUUGAUCAAUUCUUUGACAAGUCAAACUGGUGCAUCGUUCUUCAGAAAAUUGGUUGAACGAAGUAGUGAAGCAUGCCGAGAGCAGAUCUUGCUCCUCGGCCAUCUUCUUUUGGCGACAUUGAUCCGAGCGAGAAACAUAUACUCGUUGCAGCAAUGGAUUUGUAUGUUUUUCAGCGCAAUAGUACAUUGUUGUAUAAGAUUGGCUAGUUGUUUUUUGACAAACAGCUAACGGAUCAAGUCAUAAUCCAGCCUGGCCUUGCAGUCUGCUAUCUGCCUUGAAUUAUCAGUUUAAGCAAUGCUUUGAGAUGCACUUAUUUCUUCUGGUUAUGGAUUAUCUUUGGGAACUUGUGCUCAUCAAGUAUGUUCUCAACCUUGCGGGCGUGCGAGGUGGCUUAACAAUCUUGCUCUUCAAUUGCUCUUAGCUUAAGGAACUUGGGAAACAGAUUAAAGUCCAUUACAAUCCAUAUUCACUCUUAACCUUAUUCCUAUUCAACCAAAGCAACUUUCUGCAAAUCAAAGCUACCUCAUAUACAGUAGCUUCAAAAUGAUGCUGCAACUUUAUGGUCUGCUAUUUCUCUUCCCAAGCAGUCCAUUUCACGUCUUUUUUCUUAUUGACCUUCUCAUGACUUGCUUCCACGUAAGUUGACUAUUGAGUCAUACCUUCAUACAUGUAAGCUUUUCAAUUUGAAACUUGGGGAGAUGCCCUUUUGCAUACUUAAAGCUCUGUGCCAUUCCUCAGCGCGCAAUGGUUCUGUCCACUUUAUUGGCAGUACUAAGUCGACUCGAAAUGAGUCGACCAUCUCUGUAGCAAAAACGAUUUUAGGCGUUGAGCACCUAUCUUAGAAAAUACGAUUGUUUCUUUCCUUCCAUAGGCUCCAACAAAUAGCAUGGAUUAGAACUCCUUGUACACCAUUCUGCAGGAGAUGAAGGUUGUUGUUGAGGCCACUCAGCUAUUAAUGGGUUAUCGAUCAUUUUGCCAGUAUGUUGAGUGUUGACAGUAUUCUCCACACUGUUGCUCUAAAUGCACUUCAAUUUGUUGUUCUAAAUGCACUUCCUCACCUUUUUUUUUGGCUGCUUAAAAGUAUGUAUUCGCUCUUGCUUCUGCAUCAGUAAACCAUUCUGUCUGCACAUAUUGAUACAGUUAUAGUGAUAAGCUUCAUGUUUAUAUUUGUCAUGUUAUUUACAUAUGCAAAUACUUCCAGACUUCAAGUCAACAACGAUUUUGUUAACUUGGUCUAUAGGUGUGAGAUCAUCCAUCAUUUUAUAUAAACACAUGCUUGAUUACUGUUGUGAGUUCAUCUGAAAAAUCACUUAAAAUGAUAUAAAAUGAAGGAAAACAUUCCAAGGAAUCCUAUUUUGUAAGAGCUCUUCCUUGUAUAGAGGUUACUGGACACGGAUUCUGCUCGACAUCUUGAAGAAGCACAAGGGCAACAGUUCUAUCAAGGUACUGGUUUUUUCUUAGUCAUUUAGAAAACCAAAUGGUUGUUGUUUGCGGUAUUUUAUUACUGGCGGUACAUUGGUGUAGCCAAAAUCACGCUUUAAAUUUAAAAUCUUAUGAUUUUACGUUUUAGGUCAUCAAAAUGUUUUCACGUGUCAUCGUGAUUUUUCCUACUUAAUGUAGUCAAAAUCGAGUUUCAAGUGAGGUAUUUAACCGAUAUAUGUGAUGGUAAGAUUAAGUCAUUUUUUUGGUUCAAUUUUUGAGUUAGUAUACAUGUAUUACCUUUUUCCCGAGCCCACCUAUAAUCACUCAAAAUGAAUGAUUGUCAAUCUCUACAAAAAAGUGAGAUUUUUAACAAGGGAUUGUCUACCUCAUUUUGUGCUCAAUCAUUGUCCCUCCAAACAAAGUAUUUUCUUAAUACAUAGAUUGAAUCAAU